AUGCCGAAUAACAAGACGGUCAAGGUCGGGGUUUUCAUCCCGUCCGAGUGCCAGCUCCUCGACAUGGCCUGCGUCGACGUCUUGGCGACGAUGUCCCGGGAGUAUCUCAGCUUGCUGCCCAUGUUGCCAAAGCAUAUCCCGGCGCUGGCGCCUAGCAUGAGUUUCUUCUACAUCACCGCCCCGGCUACAGCCAGCGGCGAGACCACAGAGCAGCACUCUCUGGGUCUCUUACAACUCACGGCAGGCGCCAAGAUUCUAGCCACGCACGGCAUCUCGCACCCGGACGUGCAGCCAGGCAAGCUGGACAUCCUUCUCGUCCCCGGCCCGGACCCGGGUACACACUGGAACGAAGACGUGCUCGGGUUUCUCAAGGAUCACGCUGAGCAGAGGGAAACGACGGAUGUGUUGAGCAUCUGUACGGGCGUCUUUUUGUGCGGCGCCGCGGGGGUGUUGGAGGGGAACAUGGUUUGUGGGCCGAGAGGUUUGCAGGACGUGUUGAGAAAGAGGUUUCCCGGAGCCGAGUUCGUGGGGGAGAAGUAUCGAUGGUUCCAGGAUGGGAACUUUUGGAGUUGCGGCGGCAUCACGAACGGCAACGACCUCGUCGCGGCGUACGCGCGAAACAGCAAGAAACACUUCCCCCCAGCGAUUGCUGAGAUUGGGUGUCAGAUGACCGACGUCGGGGAUAGGCCGCAGUUGUACGAGCAAGGGCAGACAAUGUUUCUCAUGGGGUUUCUGUGGCAGAUUGUCAAGGCUUGGUUCGGGAAGCCGAGCAAGGGGACGCAGAGAAAGGAGAUCUAG